AUGGAUACCACUCUCUUUACUUGCCAAACACCCCAAGGUAUAGUUGUUGUCCUUAUCUACGUUGAUGAUCUAAUCAUCUCCGAGGACAACAAAGAAGGUAUUCAAGAUAUUAAAACUCAUCUUAAGUCAGUCUUUGAUAUAAAAGAUCUUGGAGAGCUUAAAUAUAUUCUUGGGAUUGAAGUUUGCCGCUCUCCGGAAGGCUUAUUUCUCUCUCAAAGAAAGUAUACACUUGAUUUGCUAUGUGAGACAGGAAAGCUAGGAGCUAAACCAAUGGAGACUCCGCUUCCUGAUGGAUAUCAAGUAGAACGAAAAGGGGAGAGAAAGGAUCCACCAUAUGAAGAUCCUUCUUGCUAUCGUCGACUUGUGAGCCAGUAUAUGAAAGCCCCAACCACAUAUCAUUGGAGUCUAGUGGAAAGAAUAUUUCACUAUCUCAAAGGGAGCCCUGGACAAGGCAUUUGGAUGGAAAAGAACUCAAACACCGAGCUAGUAGGAUAUUGCGAUGCAGAUUGGGGCGGUGAUAGGACAGAUAGGCGAUCUACAACCGGCUAUUGCACUUUCAUUGGAGGAAACCUAGUCACAUGGAAAACAAAGAAGCAAAAGGUGGUUUCAAUGUCAAGUGCCGAAUCAGAAUAUCGAGCAAUGAGGAAGCUUACUACGGAGCUUACAUGGCUCAAGGCGCUGCUUGAAGAUCUAGGCAUCAAGUCAUCCACACCUAUCCCAAUGCACUGCGACAACCAUGCUACCAUUCAUAUCGCAACCAACUCUGUAUUUCAUGAAAGAACCAAACACAUAGAGCUGGACUGUCAUAAAGUUCGGGAGAAGAUCGAAGAAGGAGUUACACUUCCAUGUCAUACACCAAGCAAAGAUCAACUCGCUGAUAUCUUCACAAAGGCCGCAAGUCGACAGGUUUGCUCUCAUAUCUACAGCAAACUUGGUCUUGUGGACUUGACACAUCCUUGA